GCAUGGAAACUCUUCAUUUAUAUAUAACAACAUUGGCAACAGUGCUGGUAUGCGCUAUUGGUACAGACGGUGAAGACACUAAGCAGCAGGUGGACGAAGAUGUGGGCAUGAUGUUGAGUCAAGUUGUGGACCACAAUAUCAUCGGCUGUCAUUUGAUAAUCCUUACUACUGCAGAGCAUUCACACCUGUUCUCAAGUAUACUAAGACACAUGAGUGCAGAGUUGGCGGCUGGCGUGGUAGUGGAGGCAGGGUGGGUGUUGUCUCAAGACCAGUUGACCCAGGACCACCUACUUCAGGGGCUGUGGGGGGACAGUAAGACCACCUGUCGUGCUAUCAUCCUCGACGUCACAGAGAGUAAUAAUACCAACUUGGCCCUCAGGUUACUAGAGUCAUCUGAAUUGUGGAAGAUGUCUGAGACGCGGGUGGUGAUAAUUGGCUGGACGGCAGGAGUGAAGGACGUCCUCCUCCACCAUAGUCUCCGUAACACCGUCCACGGCCUCUACUUGGCCCUCCACGACCUCGCUAUCCUAACUCCACCGAACCACCGUGACUCACGACUCAGGAAGGUUCUCCCACAGGAGGCAUCAAAUAUUGAGGGUGUGUCGGUGUACCGUCGCUGUCUGUACUGCAACAACGGGAAGGCGGACGUACAGCUCAUAUAUCAUUGGAACCACACUUCACCAGUUCAGCAAGCUAAAGGUCUUUUUACUGAGCAGUUCCUGAACUUUAUGGGUCACAAAUUCAAGAUCGUAACAGUGUCGUACUUCCCCUACAUCGCCUACAAGAAAGACAGCGAGAGUAAGGGAACCACAGUAACUCUCACGGACUCACUCGAUGCUCGCUUACUCGACACUUUCUCUCAUAAACUCAACUUCACGUGAGUGCUGGA